CGAGAGAGACAGGAUGCUUGUUUUUCGUUCUACCAAAGCCGUCUGAAGGCAGGACAGCGCGCGCCGGGCAGAGGACCUACGGCAGCCCCCAGGCUGUCCCCGCGCCCCUGGCCGCCGCCGGCUUCCCCGCGCUCUCGGCCACUCCCGGGCUUCUAUAAGACGGACCGGAGAGCUCGCCCUCCCUCCGAAGCGGAGGAGAACACCCGAAGACACCGCGGGAGCCCGUGAAAGUCCCUGGGACUCCAAGUGAGGAAGUGACACUCCCAGCGCGCCGGCCCGCCGCUGCCAGCUCCACACGGCCUGCGGUACCGCGGCCCUGGAGGAGGGCGCCGUGGAUUUCAGGCUCCGCGCCCGCGCCGGGCUCCGCGCCCCGCGGGCUCCAUGCGCGCUGCCCCGGGCCCAGGCUCUUCCCCACGCCCAUGCGGCCCCCCAGCGCCGCGCCGCAACCACUGAUCUAACCUCCCCCGGAGACCAUCGCAGGCGCGGUGCCAAGCAGCGGGGAGGGGAAGACGGAGGGGCAACCUCUUUGGGACUAACUCAUGAAGAACAAGGGUGCCAAGCAGAAGCUGAAACGAAAGGGAGCCGCCAGCGCCUUUGGCUGUGACCUGACGGAGUAUCUGGAAAGCUCAGGACAGGAUGUUCCAUAUGUAUUGAAGAGCUGUGCAGAAUUUAUAGAGACUCACGGCAUCGUGGAUGGAAUUUAUCGGCUUUCAGGAGUCACCUCAAACAUACAACGGCUAAGGCAAGAGUUUGGCUCAGAUCAAUGUCCAGAUCUGACAAGGGAAGUGUACCUCCAGGACAUCCACUGUGUGGGCUCCCUCUGCAAGCUCUACUUUAGGGAGCUGCCCAACCCCCUCCUGACUUAUGAGCUCUAUGAGAAAUUCACGGAGGCGGUGUCCCAUUGCCCGGAAGAAGGCCAACUGGCCCGAAUCCAGAAUGUUAUCCAGGAGCUCCCCCCAUCCCAUUACAGGACCUUGGAAUACCUGAUUCGACACCUGGCCCACAUCGCCUCCUUCAGCAGCAAGACAAACAUGCAUGCCAGGAACCUGGCCCUGGUGUGGGCUCCAAACCUCCUCAGGUCCAAAGAAAUUGAAGCCACUGGUUGCAAUGGAGAUGCAGCCUUCCUUGCAGUUCGGGUCCAGCAGGUGGUGAUUGAAUUCAUACUGAAUCAUGUGGAUCAAAUCUUUAACAACGGUGCACCCGGGUCUCUGGAGAACGAUGAAAACCGGCCGAUCAUGAAGAGCCUGACGUUGCCAGCCCUCUCCCUGCCCAUGAAGUUGGUGAGUCUGGAGGAAGCUCAGGCCCGGAGCUUAGCUACUAAUCACCCUGCCCGGAAGGAAAGGAGAGAGAAUAGCCUGCCUGAGAUUGUCCCUCCCAUGGGCACCCUCUUCCACACUGUCCUUGAGUUACCAGACAACAAAAGAAAGCUCUCCAGUAAAUCAAAGAAGUGGAAAUCAAUAUUUAACCUGGGACGUUCUGGAUCAGACUCUAAAUCAAAGCUGAGUAGAAAUGGGAGUGUAUUUGUGAGAGGACAGAGGCUCUCAGUGGAAAAGGCUACUAUCCGACCAGCUAAAAGCAUGGACUCGCUGUGCUCAGUGCCCGUGGAAGGGAAAGAAACCAAAGGAAAUUUCAGUCGAACAGUCACCACUGGUGGAUUUUUCAUUCCAGCAGCGAAAAUGCACUCGACUAGCACUGGCAGCUCAUGUGACCUCAGCAAGCAAGAGGGCGAAUGGGGCCAGGAGGGGAUGCCGGCGGGGGCCGAGGGGGGCUUUGACGUGAGCAGCGACCGAAGCCAGCUGCAGGGCGCUCAGGCCCGGGCCCCGCCUGAGCAGCUGAAGGUGUUCCGACCCAUCGAGGAUCCCGAGAGCGAGCAAACAGCCCCGAAGAUGCUGGGUAUGUUCUACACCUCAAACGACAGCCCCAGCAAAUCGGUCUUUACCAGCAGCCUCUUCCAGAUGGAGCCCUCUCCCCGUCACCAGCGCAAGGCCCUGAACAUCUCCAAGCCCUUUGCUGUGUCCGUGCCACUCCGUGUGUCAGCCGUCAUCAGCACCAACAGCACCCCAUGCAGAACCCCCCCAAAGGAGCUACAGUCUCUUUCCAGCCUGGAAGAGUUUUCUCUCCAGGGCUCAGAGAGUGGAGAUUGGCCUGAAGAGAAGCCACUGGGAGUUGAGACUUCUACAGCAUCUGUACCUAAGAAGGCAGCACUUGAGAAUAUUAAGCCAGGACCAGAUGCAGUGAGAGCACUGGAAUGCAGCAAAGGCCUUCCCCAGGAGCCAGGCGGCCAACCGGAGAAGAAAACCUCAGAACACUCCCUAGGCUCUCGACAUUCAAGUGAAUUAGAGAAGAAGUUGGAUGCAGAGAAGGCGGUGGAGGAGGGUGGAGAGACUGGCCAGGUGGAAUCCAGCGCUCUGCAGGAGAGCCCUGGGGCCAGAGGUGAAGCAGUGUUUCUCCAUGAGAUGGAUGAAGAUGAUCUGGCCAACGCCCUGAUCUGGCCUGAGAUUCAACAAGAGCUGAAAAUUAUUGAAUCUGAGGAGGAACUCUCCUCCUUGCCCCCACCUGCUCUAAAGACCGGCGCGACUCAGCCUAUUCUUGAGUCUAGUCCAGGGCCUUUUGCUUCCCCGGAGCCUCCUGGGAGCCUGCCUUGUGGCUCCGCCCCAGCUCCAGUUUCCGCCCCUCUGGAGGAGUGGACUAAGGAUCCAACCAAUCAGAGCACACAGGGCACUUCCGCAGCAGCCAAUAGAGAGAAGCCGGAGACAACCAGCAUCCUCCAUAGAUCCGAGCCUGAAAAGGGCCAGCGCCCAGACCCUGCCAGCCUGACUCCUCUGGAAAUGGUUCCAUUUGAGAAGUCUCCUCCACAAGCAGCAGCGGAGGUGGGGGGCCCAGGGAAUCUGUCUCCUCUGCUCCUGCCUGUUUCUCCUCCUCCUCCAACUCCUUUGGAGGAGGCGCCUCCAGUCCAGCUAUUGAAGGGUGCCCCUGAGAGAGAAGACUCAUCUGGGAAUUUGAGAACAAACCCGUAUAUAGAUCAGCUGAAGUCCAAAGGCAGCCCUGGGAUUCCCAGUCUUUGUCAGGGAGAGGAGGCCUCUUCAGAACAAAGUGAAAAGCAAAAUUCAAAGAAUGCUGCUUCUGAGGGCAAAGGCUCUAGCUUUCCAAGCUCAACCAGGGAGGUUGAGAUUUCUCCACAAGGAGAGGAGGAUGCAGCCCACUUAGUACAGGAGCCCUCAGACUGUGAUGAAGAUGACACUGUGACAGACAUUGCCCAGCAUGGUCUGGAGAUGGUGGAGCCCUGGGAGGAGCCCCAGUGGGUGACAAGUCCCCUGCACUCACCCACCCUUAAAGAUGUACAAGAGGCCCAGAUGCAGGGCCCCCAGGGCCACCGGUUGGAGAAGAGGCUUUCCCACAGGCCCAGCCUUCGCCAGAGCCAUUCUCUAGAUGGCAAAACCACGGUUAAGAGCCAGUGGACUCUUGAGGGUUCCUCCUCCAGCAGCUGUGCUAAUCUUGAAGCAGAGAGGAAUUCCAACCCUCUGCAGCCCUUGGCACCCAGGAGCGAGAUUACUGGAUGGGAUGAGAAAGCCAUGAGGUCCUUUCAAGAGUUCUCUGGCCUGAAAAGGACAGAGGUUCCUCACAACCAGAAGGGACCAGGUGGUUUGCAGCCCAAAUCAGCAGAAUCCAGCCCUGUCAGUCUAGCAGAGGGAAAGGAACUGGGGACACACCUGGGGCCACACAACCCUCAAAUUGAGCAAGGUAGUGAUCCUGGGCCAGAAAACAGCAAGGAGAAUUCACCGGGUGUGCAAGACAGCACCUCACCUGGAGAGCAUCCCCCAAAGUUACAGCUGAAGAGCACUGAAUGUGGGCCCCUAAAGGGGAAAAAUAGGCCUUCUUCUCUCAACUUGGACUCUGCCAUUCCCAUCACUGACCUCUUCCGGUUUGAGAAUGUGGCCUCAUUUGGUUCACCUGGAAUGCAGCUCUCUGAGCCAGGAGACCCAAAGAUCACAUGGAUGACCUCAUCUCACUGUAAAGUAGACCCCUGGAGGGUUUACUCCCAGGACUCUCAGGACCUGGACAUUGUUGCUCAUGCCCUGACGGGCCGCCGUAACUCAGCUCCUGUGAGUGUGUCAGCUGUGAGAACCUCCUUCAUGGUCAAAAUGUGCCAGGCCAGGGCAGUCCCAGUCAUUCCACCCAAGAUUCAGUACACCCAGAUCCCACAGCCCCUGCCCUCUCAGAGCUCAGAGGAGAGUGGGGCUCAGCCCCUGGAGAGGAACCAAGAGGAACCCGGCUCAACUGGUGGAACCUCUCAGAAACUUGCCCAAGAUGCUUCUCUCUCCUCCUUGGAAAGCCCAAAGGAAGAGAAACCAAAGCAAGAUACAGGAGCCAUUGAGUCCUUGCCAGUGGAUGCCACUGCAUCUCACAUGUGCGAGGGAUCCACCCUUUCUCCAGAACCAGGGUUAGUUAACCUGCUCUCCACUCAGGAUGCAGUAGUGCAAUGUAGAAAGCGCACAUCAGAGACAGAGCCAUCUGGGGACAACCUUCUUUCUUCAAAAAUAGAGCGACCAUCAGGGGGUUCUAAGCCUUUCCACAGGUCAAGACCAGGAAGACCUCAGAGCCUAAUCUUAUUCAGUCCUCCUUUUCCCAUCAUGGACCACCCACCCCCCUCAUCUACAGUGACAGAUUCCAAGGUCCUGCUGUCCCCUAUCAGAAGUCCCACCCAGACAAUUUCCCCUGGCCUUCUUUGUGGGGAGUUGGCAGAAAACACAUGGGUCACACCAGAAGGGGUUACACUUAGGAAUAAAAUGACCAUCCCUAAGAAUGGCCAGAGACUGGAGACCUCAACAAGCUGUUUUUACCAGCCCCAGCGGAGAUCAGUGAUUCUGGAUGGCAGAAAUGGGAGGCAAAUAGAAUGACAUCAGUUCAUCUGCUGGUGUCUGAGAAAAUGUCAUGAUUCAUCUGGAAGUUAUUACAGCGGCAACUUGCCUUUAUUCCAGGCAGAGGUUAUCCAAGUUCGGGCUUAUUUUGGCCUCUUCUCUUUCUUCAGCCUUUUGACCAUUUAUUAAGUAGGCCAUUUGCCAGGAGAGAGGUCAAGGGAAGGACCAAGAGAUGACAUUUAAAUAAGCCUAUUUGAGCAGGCAGGGAAAAGUCAGGUUAGGGGAAAGGAUGAAAUGCUGGCCUCCAGUGAUAUUUGGGGCUAUAAGUUGCAUCACUCCCCCAUUGCCAUUAUCUAGUACUGUUGAGAGCUGGAUGUGAUGUCUUUUGAAAGAAAGAGAAAUCCUUUGCCUGUGUUGGAAAAUGUUGCUAUUGAGGUUUGAAGGCCUCCUAUUUACUUCAUGCUUUUUAAUGCUCUUUAAAGCAUGUGUUCUUUUAGACCAGUUUUCUGAUAAGCUUUGUAAAAGUGUACUAUCCAGAGUAGAAGCAGGUUUGGAAAUGCAAACUAACGUACACUUAGACAUCCAGGUGGGUGAAUAUAGCCGUGCUUUCCCUGGAAUCCCUGCAGAUCUAUCCCAGAUGGCUCCAUAUACCAGCAUAGAAAAUCAGACUCUAUACUCAAGAGCAAACUCUGAGACUGGCACAAUCCAAGAAGACUUUCCGGCUCUGGCUUUUAUUAAUUUGGGACUCCAGCUGCCAUGAUCCUGCCCUGUGAUUUAUAAAUCCAGUAGUCGGGCAGGGUGGGGGCUGAGCUGAGGGUUACCUCAGUGAAAUGUGCUAAAUCUUCAUUUAGUAUGAGAUAGUGAUCUGCUCUCCUUCCAAUAUCAGAGUUCACGAACAGAUUGUCAUCAAAAAGGAAAGCCUCACACAUAGGCAGAACUACCCUCCAAACGUUAAGUGUUUAAUAAAUUGGUGGGACUUUCACAGAAAACACCUCUAGCUCAGUUUCACUCUCCUUCCACACUAGGCUGGGACCAGAGUACCAGAGAGGAUAAGCGGGGAGCCCUAGGAGGAGCGGGAAGAACCCUUGCAGGGUGGCCAUCACUCCCGCUUGGUGAGAGCUGCCCUUCUUGAAAAUGUAUUUCAUUUUAGCCAGUGGGUACCUUCCUUCCUCCCUCCCCCUCCAUUGGUCAAGAGCAGAUUUGAGACACCCCUCCCCCUUCCAUAAUUCCCUUCAUCCAGCACCCACCCCAGGCACUCAAAUUUGCUCUUCUCCUGUCUAUAUGCAAGCAGAAGCAAUAAACCAAUCUGAUUUUAUUUCA